ACAGAAGUGUAAACAUGCAGAUCUUUGUGAAGACCCUCACUGGCAAGACCAUCACCCUUGAGGUUGAGCCCAGCGAUACAAUUGAAAAUGUCAAGGCCAAGAUCCAGGACAAGGAAGGCAUUCCCCCUGACCAGCAGAGGCUGAUCUUUGCUGGCAAACAGCUGGAAGAUGGCCGCACCCUCUCUGACUACAACAUCCAGAAGGAGUCCACCCUCCAUCUUGUGCUGCGUCUGAGGGGAGGCAUGCAGAUCUUUGUCAAGACCCUCACUGGCAAGACCAUCACCCUGGAGGUCGAGCCAAGUGACACCAUUGAGAACGUGAAGGCCAAGAUCCAGGACAAGGAAGGCAUCCCCCCUGACCAGCAGAGGCUGAUCUUUGCUGGCAAACAGCUGGAAGAUGGCCGCACCCUCUCUGACUACAACAUCCAGAAAGAAUCCACCCUCCAUCUUGUCCUGCGUCUGAGGGGAGGCAUGCAGAUCUUCGUCAAGACCCUCACUGGCAAGACCAUCACCCUGGAGGUGGAGCCUAACACCAUUGAGAACGUCAAGGCCAAGAUCAGGACAAGGAAGGAUCCCCCCGACCAGCAGGCUGAUCUUUGUGGCAAACAGCUGGAAGAUGGCCGCACCCUCUCGACUACAACAUCCAGAAAGAAUCCACCCCCAUCUGUCCUGCGUCUGAGGGGAGGCAUGCAGAUUUCGUUAAGACCCUCACUGGCAGACAUCACCCUGGAGGUGGAGCCUAGCGACACCAUUGAGAACGUGAAGGCCAAGAUCCAGGACAAGGAAGGCAUCCCCCCCGACCAGCAGAGGCUGAUCUUUGCCGGAAAACAGCUGGAAGAUGGCCGCACCCUCUCUGACUACAACAUCCAGAAAGAAUCCACCCUCCAUCUUGUCCUGCGUCUGAGGGGAGGCAUGCAGAUCUUCGUCAAGACCCUCACUGGCAAGACCAUCACCCUGGAGGUGGAGCCAAGUGACACCAUUGAGAACGUGAAGGCCAAGAUCCAGGACAAGGAAGGCAUCCCCCCCGACCAGCAGAGGCUGAUCUUUGCUGGCAAACAGCUGGAAGAUGGCCGCACCCUCUCUGACUACAACAUCCAGAAAGAAUCCACCCUCCAUCUUGUCCUGCGUCUGAGGGGAGGCAUGCAGAUCUUCGUCAAGACCCUCACUGGCAAGACCAUCACCCUGGAGGUGGAGCCAAGCGACACCAUUGAGAACGUGAAGGCCAAGAUCCAGGACAAGGAAGGCAUCCCCCGACCAGCAGAGGUGAUCUUUGUGGCAAACAGCUGGAAUGGCCGCACCCUCUCUGACUACAUCCAGAAAGAAUCCACCCUCCACUGCCUGCGUCUGAGGGGAGGCAUGCAGAUCUUUGUCAAGACCACUGGCAAGACCAUCACCCUGGAGGUUGAGCCAAGUGACACCAUUGAGAACGUUAAGGCCAAGAUCCAGGACAAGGAAGAUCCCCCCGACCAGCAGAGGCUGAUCUGCUGGCAACACGUGGAAGAUGGCCGCACCCUCUCUGACUACAACAUCCAGAAGGAGUCCACCCUCCAUCUUGUGCUGCGUCUGAGGGGUGGCCAGUAAAACAAUUCAUGAUUCCAUGUUCUUAACAAUAUUUCCCAAGUUAAUGUACUGUGUAUGACAUGCAUACUAUACAUGCCGUAAAGUUGUUACAAAUGUGUUAACCGUUACAUGACCAAAAUUAAAAUAAAGGAUUGAACUGA